GCGCAUUGCUGUGCGGUGUGCGGAUGUAACAAUGUACAUGGGCAUUGUGCUUCUCAUGGGACACACCGCACAGAAAUCGGCUUCAUUUGCUCCACUCCUGGGGCUUGACGCCUUGACGCAAGGGCAUGCCGGGGUUCCUGUCCUUCUUGGCCAUAUCGCGGAAGAAGUUUGAGGCUCUUCAGCACGAAGAUGGUCCGCUGAAGGUGCGGCCUCACAAGGAGCUGCUGAAAGACUAUGAGGAGGAGUCGAGGUCGACUCACAGUGGUUAUGGCGAAGAGCCGCUCACCGAGGAGGAGAGUGAUGAACCAAUGCAGGCUGCGCCAGUGGCAGAUGCGGAGCCUCACAGGGCAGACUCGGCCAAGCCUGUGGUGGAGGAUGACAAUUAUUUUGACCUGCUCAAGCCAGCUGCUGACGAGCAGAUGGAGCAGGAAGCAGGACUGGCCGGAAACGAUGGCCAGGGACAGCUUUCGGAAGAGGAAAGCAAAGAAGACCAGCCGUCGCUUGCCCAGGCGGCAGUCGACGAGGUGGAGAGGGCAUCGGUGCUGGCUGAGGUGCCGCAACCUGCAACGAUUGACGAGGAGGUGCCAAUUGUCAUUGAGCUGGGGCCAUCCCUCGCAGAGCCGCUCGCAGCGCCAGAGGUGAGCGAUGAGGACACUGACGACGACCCCGGCAGCGGCGAUGUCAAGUCCCACUUGGCAAAGCGCAGGAAGCGUUUGGAGGCGCAGCUCUUUGCUGGGCGGCGCAAGAGGAAAGCGAAGGAUGGGUGGCCCAAGGCACCUGAACUGAAGGUGGAGGCAAUGCCCACCGCCAAAAGGGAGAUGCACGCCAAGCGGGAAGCUGGCAUCGUGAAGCGCGAACCAGGCCCCCGAGUUGCUUCUCCGAGCACCUUGGUCCCAGAGGGUGGUUGCAGACUCACAGAUGAAGGCGAUGCUGCCGAGAGCUGUGACUCUGGGCUGCUGAAACGUCGUCGGGGAGGCCCCAGCACUCCUUUCCGCACAUUGAGAGCUCUGCCUUUUGAGAGGCAUCCGAGAGCCCUGGCAGAGGUCGGACGCUGAGGGGCUUGCCGCGCACGGACUUGCUUCGCUUGGCUGGACACCUGGAGCGGCGGUAUAUGUCAAGCUGGGCAGACUCUGUGCUGGUGGCGUAGGUCCCGUGCGUAUGCCGCGUGAUGCUGCAUGGCAUGGGCGUUUAUGUACCUGUUUCACUCGGGGAGUCUGUUGAGGGGGCCCCACUUGCAUUGGGAUGUCCUCACUUCAACAGCUUGGGAUGUGCAGAGCUGCUUUGCGGGUUGC